AGGAGAGUUGCAGGCAGGAGCGGGCAGAGGGGAGGCUGCGAAGCAGGAGAGUGCAGUGGGAGCAACCACACCGAGCAGGAUGGAGGUGGGGCAGAUGAUACCCACGAAUGGGCUGAACACGGUGCCUGCCAACAGGCUGGACAGCUGGAUCAUGGAGGUCCUGCAGCCCAGCGAGGGUUUCCGCAAGCAAGUGAAGGAGACUGUUAAGCAGAUCUGUGACUUCCUGAAAGAGAACUGCUUUGAGAACAACAUCCAUGUCCUCAAGACGGUCAAGGGUGGCUCGGCAGGCAAGGGCACAGCCCUGCAGAACAACUCCGAUGCCGAUGUGGUGCUCUUCCUUGACUGCUUCUCCGGCUACCAGGAGCAGAAGCAAAAGAGAAAGCAUAUCCUGGAUUUGAUCAAGAGGAGGCUGCAUGCCUGCAAACGGAGCCUGACAUUCACCGUGGACAUCAGCGAGCCCCGGUACAAGGGUCCUGGCAAUACGCCACGCUCCCUCAGCCUCACCCUCCGCUCCAAGAGCACCUUGGAGUCCAUCGAGGUGGACAUCCUGCCUGCCUAUGACGCCUUGGGGCAACUGAGACGGGAUGACCCCCUGAAGCCAGAGCUGUAUGUGGAGGCGUACGUUGGGCUCCUGAAAGCCGGUAGUGGCCCCGGGGAGUUCUCCCCCUGCUUCACCGAACUGCAGAAGAAGUUUGUGAAGCGUUACCCCGCCAAGCUGAAGAGCCUCCUGCGCCUCGUCAAGUACUGGUACAAGGAGAUGCUGAAGCCGCAGUACCCCACUGCAGAUCUGCCCCCCAAGUAUGCCCUGGAGCUGCUGACCAUCUAUGCCUGGCAGAAGGGUAUGGACUCCAGUGAGUCUUUCGUCAUGGCCAAGGGCUUUCGCACAGUGCUGGAGUUGCUGUGCCGGUACCAGGAGAUCUGCAUCUACUGGGAGACAUGCUACUCCCUCCAGCACAGCCAGAUUGGUGCCCACAUCAAGAGGCUGCUGCGCAGCCCCUGCCCCAUCAUCCUGGACCCUGCCGACCCCACGGGGAUCCUGGGCCAAGGCAAGAAUUGGGACCUGGUGGCACAGGAAGCUGCUCGCCACCGUUUGCUGCCCUGUGUCCGUGGUGUCCAGCCCUGGGAUGUGCAGCCAGCGCAGCCCGUGACAAUAGAGGUGAAGCAGCUGGUGGGCACCAGCCUGAGCAGAACCAUCAGCCCGAGCACCACUGUCUGGAAGCUGAAGGAGCAGAUUGAGCAGACCUGGGGCAUCCCCCGGUACAGACAGCGUUUGACACUGCAGGAAACGAGUGAGAAAACCCUCAUCCUGCAGGACAGUGAGACCCUGGCCUCCUAUGGCAUCUUCUACAGCACCACGCUGAUACUGCUGCACACCGAGCCCCUGGAGAUGGAGGUCUUUGUGAAGGAUGACAAGAACAAGACCACCACCUACAUGGUGCUGCCCACCGACACCGUCUGGCAGUUGAAGGAGAAGAUCCAUGCCCGGCAGGGGCCUCCCGCCAAUCAACAGCGCCUAACAUAUGGCUCCAAGGAGCUGGAGGAUCAGUACACGCUGGCACACUACGACGUCCAGCCCAGGAGCACCAUCUUCAUGCUCCUGCGACUCCGGGGGGGUGUUGGCCCCUGGCAUGCCUAGUUCCCUGUCUGCUUACCCUCCUGAGCAUUGCCCCUGGCACCAACCCUCGCCUCUGUACCCCCCGUCGUGCUGCAAAUAAAUUAAUCUCUGUA